AUGACGACUGUUGGAAUUGAUUCAUCGUCAUUAAAACCACUCAGUAACUCAGAAAAGGUUCCUUCUCCAACGGCGGGGUAUGAUCAGAAUGUCAAUGCAUCGCGAAUACCUUAUGAUGAUUUAGAGCAUUCUAAAGCAACAGAAGUCGGAAAAGGAGGAGUUGGAACUACACAACGAAGGCUGAACAGGAGACAUGUCACCUUUAUCGGUAUUGGAGGGGGAAUCGGAACAGGCUUGUUCAUCGGAACAGGUUCUGCUUUGGCUAAAGCAGGUCCCGCAGGAUUGUUCAUGGCUUUCGUCGUGGUCGGUGCUGUCCUUUGGUGUGUCAUGGAAGGUUUAGGUGAAAUGGCCACUCUUAUUCCUCAAGCUGGUACUUUCCCUCAUUAUGCAACUAGAUUCAUUGAUCCUGCUGUUGGAUUUACUCUCGCUAUAUCUUACGGAUACUGCUAUACCAUUGCUAUCGCCAGUGAAGUUUCUGCAGCCGCUCUUGUUGUCUCAUAUUGGACAGAUAUCACUCCUGCAGUUGUCAUUACCAUAGCUUUGGUAUUGAUUUUCGCUAUCAACAUUAUGAAUGUCAGAUUUUUUGGUGAAACAGAAGUUGUUUCAUCGUCAAUAAAAGUGAUUUGUUUCAUUGGACUUAUCAUUGUUUCUCUUGUUAUAACGCUUGGAGGAGCACCAAAUCACGAUAGAAUUGGAUUCAGGUAUUGGAGAGAUCCAGGAGCUUUUACCGAUUACAAUGGAAUAACAGGAUCAAAGGGCCAUUUCUUAGGUUUCUUAUCUGCUUUAAUCAAUGCCUCUUUCUCUUUUAUCGGUGUGGAAACUGUCGUAAUUGCCGCUGCUGAAACUGUUAACCCUCAUAAAUACCUUCCUAAAGCGACAAGAAGAGUCACCUAUCGUAUCGCCGCGUUCUAUAUCCUGGGUGCUUUGUUGAUCGGUAUGAUCAUCCCAUAUAACGAUCCAAACCUCUCUUCAGGUACAGGAAAUGCCAAUUCUUCACCGUGGGUUUUGGGCAUAAAGAAAGCUGGUAUCCCUGCACUCGACUCGAUAAUCAAUGCUUGUAUUCUCAUUUCAGCUUGGUCAGCUGGUAAUUCAUACUGUUAUAUUGGAGCUAGAAUAAUAGUAGCAAUGUCAAUCGAUGGACAACUACCAAAAAUAUUUCAGAAAACGAAUAAAUCAGGCGUACCUUACUAUGCUGUAAUAUUCUCAUUUCUGUUUGGUCCAUUAGCAUAUCUAUCUUUGGGAUCAGGUGGUGCCGCUCAAGCUUUUUCUUGGAUAUUAUCGCUUUCAACUAUUGCUGGCUUAUUAGCUUGGAUGACUUUAAGUAUUUGUUUUAUCAGAUUUUACGCUGCUUGUAAAGCACAAGGCCUUGAUAGAAACACUUUACCUUAUAAAGGUAGAUUUCAACCUUAUGCUGCUUGGAUAGGUGCCAUUGGUUCUUUGAUCAUUACAUUGAUUUCGGGUUUCAGUGUAUUCCUUAAAGGAAAUUGGAAUACCUCGGAUUUCAUCGCCAACUAUAUCGGUAUUCCAAUUUACAUCAUCCCUUUCGUUUUAUGGAAGUUAUCCAAGCGUACAAGCUUCCGAAAAGCUUCAGAGAUCGAUCUUUGGUCAGGUCGAUUUGACCCGUCCGAAGCACCGGAAGAACAUCCUCCUACCACUUGGUGGGGUAAAUUCCUUGAUUGGAUCUUCUAG